AUGUUUAUUUCAUUUUCUGUGUUACUGUAUGUUUUGUUUCCCUUCUGGGCGUUAGUGAAAUCUCAUGUUCAUCCUUCAGGAAUUUUAGCCCAGGAUUCAGAUGGCUACGUUAAAGAGAAAUUUGGGCCAACAUAUAUUGUCGCUUCAUACAUCAAGUACAUAGAGUCCGCCGGUGGCAGAGUUGUUCCGAUUCGGUAUCCUUUGUUAUGACAUACACUGUUUUCUUUGUUGUAGUUGAGUUAUUCAAGUACAAACUCUGCUCCAAAGCAUGGAUUUGCGAUCUUUUAAUAGCUUAGUCAAUUCUAAUCGUAUAAUCUGCAAAGGGUAUAUCCCAUCGCAGCAGAUGUGCAAUUGUGAAUGUGCUUAUUUUAAAAAUACAAUUAUGGUACCAGCAUUAAGUUAAAAAAAAGAAAAAGAAAAAGCGUCAGCGUUUUUUACAGAUGGCACAUGAAGGCCUGUUUGAAAGCCUCUACUGACUGAUUUUCAAUGACACUAUUUCAUAAGGAGUUCCAGUCUCUGAUUGUAAGUAAGUAAGUAAUAGGUAUUUAAGUAACUUUAUUUAAUCAGGGUAGCCCGUUGAGAAAUAAAAAUGUAUUUAUUAUUGUAUGUGCAAUAAAACUGUGUUGGGGACCCAAAAUCAAAGUAAAAACUAUGGGAAACUCGUGGAUACAUUGUUUAGAAAAGUUGAAAUAAUAUUGUAUACCCAAGAAAAAUAAGGCUGCCUUGCAUGUACCUGCAUUUUUUACGCCUUGUACAUGUGUAUCCACAAGUUCAAAAAAUUAACCAAUAAUGCUAAAAAUGUUGGCAGUUUUUUGGUGUGUUUUCUGUUUUUAAUGGUUUAAGGAGGCUCCCUGGCCUAAAGUAAAAUGAGGGUGAUAUGCACAGCCUGAGCACCAUUAUUGCAUGAGCUUUAUUAUCUGCCCAAUGUCCAUGCAAAAAUAAAAAACAUGGCUUCUCAGUUUCGAAAUAUUCCCGGAAAAAAACUUUGUGAAAUCAUUCUUGAGGCCUAUUAAAUGCAAGAUGUUUGGCUAGUGUUGCUCAAACAUUUAUGAGAGGAGACAAUUUUAUACAAGAUACAAGCUAUCUAUCUUCAUAAGCGUGAAAUGUAUCAUAAACAAAGCAGAACCUUUUAUUUCCAAGGGCAUCAAAUUAUUUUGCUUUCCUGCACUUUUCAAAAACACACUAACUCUGAAGUUCAAAAGCCAGUUGACAUAUGCAUAUAUUUUUUCGCUGCCAUCAAUCAACUUAGCGGACCUCUUAGGAAACAACUUUACUUCAGCGGGUUCAAAAGGUCAUGGUUUGCGAUCUGUGAUUGGUGGAUUUAAAUCCUUUUUGUUUGUUUCUGUGUUUCAAGGUUCUUGGGGUGCUUGUGAUUGUAAUCAUGAUUGACGGCAGCAAAAAACGCGAUUGUGAAGGCGGCUUUUGAACUUAAGAGUUUCGCGUGGUCGUGAAAAGCACAGUAAAAGUAGUCAAACUUAAAGUAGUCAAAGUAAAUGUGAGACUCGUGCCAAUACUUGCGAUCCAAUGUCAUGAAUAUGAAACCAUACAUAUGGAGUUUUUUUAGCAAUCAGCUAUGCAGCUUUAUUGGCAGGUUAUUAAAAGGUGGCUGGCAGGUCAGUCUAUAGACUUAUGAAUAUACUUAUACUAUUAUUAACAUGUCAUACCAUUUUGUUAUAAAAUUAACCUCUGGUAGAAAUGACUUGAGUGAAGAACAGCUGGAAAAACUGUUUAGUUCUAUAAAUGGGUAAGCAUCAUGCAGAUUACUUGUUGGACUUACAAAACUGAUCAUAAUAAAGUGACGAAGGUAUAUUUAAUGCAGUGUAGCAGUUUUGGCCAUUAAACUAUUAUGGCUAUUUUUGACUCUAUAGAAAAUGUGCAUUUUUUCAAAGUAAAAAACACUAUAGACUCCUUGCUUUUUUGUACGUGGCUAAUGUUAAAAAAUAUAAAUGGGCUCUUAAUUAUUAACAAUAAGUAGGAUUAGUAGAGGUAUUGGUUUCUUGUUUGCAAUUUUAAACAAUAGUAUUGGAGCCAAGAGUUAAGGUCUAGUCAUAAAAUUUUUACCCAUCUUCACUUAACCCAUAUUGAUUUAAUACAGUAUCUUCUUGUUCAUUAAGUUUUCUUUUUCUCCCUCUCUCUCUUUCUCUGAUUUAGGGUCUUAUUUCCAGGCGGUGGUGUAAAUGUCUUUGAUUCACAGUAUGCACGAACAGGCAAAAUACUCUUCAAUCUGGCAAUGAAAGCAAAUGAUGCAGGAGAUGUGUUUCCACUCUGGGGAACCUGUCUUGGUUUUCAGUUCCUUAGUGUUUCUGGUGCAGGAGGACAAAAUGUUUUAUCACCUGUAGAUGGUGAAGACUAUACUAUUCCUUUAAACCUCAGUGAUGGUAUGUCAUACUCACACCUUUUCCACACUAGUGAUGCAAACAUUGGGGCAAUGUAUGAAAGACCAUACAUAAACAUAUUUAAAAAGUUUAGCAAGGUUCAGGCCACAUAUAGAGGAGAAACGUUUGUGAGUUUUGCAUUUUUUAAUCGGCUGCACUCAAGAGUCGCAUGCUGGUAACCAUGGAAACAGUUAUUCCAACAUAUUCCUGGAUUCAAGUAUUAAAGGAACCGAGGUUGUAGCUCCAAGAAUUAAGAAGUUAUUUAAUUAUUCCUCAAGCCCGAAUGGUCUCUGAGUCAAUAGCCCAUGAGGCCGAAGGCCGAAUGGGCUAUUGACUCAGAGGCCAUGAGGGCGAGAGGAAUAUUGUUUUAGUAAAAUCCAACUAGUUGGUAAAAAAUAUCGAGAAUAAAAAAAUUUUAGCUAGUUAAAGAUAGACUUUAAUCCUUUUUUGCUGCCAAAAAGCCCGCGCUUUUCGCUACUAGUGGGCUAUAACAUAUAGCCUAGUAGUAGCUCAACCAAUAAGAACGCAGCAUUGAUAAUAGACCACUAGUUGGAUUUUAAUAAAUACAUAUAGUUUCUAUCAUGCACGUGAUAUGAGUGUACAUUCACAGAACACUCUUAUAAUACUUGUAAUACUCUUGUAAUACUUUUGUUAUGUUGAUAUUUAGUUUUACAUUUAAUUUUUUCUUGUUUAUUAUUACAUUAUUUCUGAUCAUCUUUCAGGCUAUGAGUCAAGCAGACUUUUAGGAUCUGCCCCUGAGGAGAUUAUUACUUAUCUGAAAACAGCAAAUGUUACUUAUAACCAUCAUCAGCAAUGUGUUUCCACUGAUGUGAGUAGAAUUCUGAAGAUUUUUUGGUUCUGUUUUGGAAAAGGCCUGAAAAGGACCACCCUGGGUAUUAGAGGUUAAUUCCUCAUGUGCAGUAGAAUGCUUCAGUGUCCUGAGACACAGGCUGACAGGACAGAAACUGGAAAUGGUGGUGAAAAGUUUCUGGCACCCAGGGUAGAGGAAGACCAAUGAACUGUUUUAUAUAUUUAUUUAUUUAUUUAUCGUUUUUUGAGCCCCCUCUUUGUCUCUGCAACAACUGCCUGUUUUUGUUGCGGCAGAUUUACCCUUGGGUCCUCUACAACAGCCACAUAUCUUUAUUCCCAUCCCUGUGUUUGAAAAUUCAAUUAACGAAAGGACAUGAUUAGUCACCCAUAUGACAUAUCUUGUUUUAAAGAAAAGUUUUAUCUGUCUGUUGUAGACUUACUACAAUAAUGACGCUCUCAAAAAGUUCUACAAAGUUUUGUCAACUAACAGAGACAAAGAAGGAGUCAAGGAGUUUGUAUCCACUAUUGAAGGUAAUGAUGUCAAUCUAUGAAAAGUUCAGUGUCGGAUGUUAUCUUUGUACGGCACAUUCCUUUUGUCAGAACUCAGCAGCCAGACCAUUCCAUCAUUAUGAGAAUUUCACUUUUGGUCAAAACUAUCCAGCCAGAACAUUCAAACCCUAAAUAGUGUGCACAAAGGAGAUGGUUUUUCAUCAAAGACUCUUGGUCCAGCUGGCCGUGGUUCUGACUUUUGGAAAACAUCCUUAGUUUCUGUUAAGAUCUUAGCAGCAGCUGCAUUUUGUGUCCACAGCUUUCAAAACAUCGCUCCAAGGGCAAGCGAAAUGAAGUAAAGAAUUUCCUGUUUUCUGACUGGCUACUCGAGAGGCAAGCCCCCUCAGGAUUUUCUGCUUUGUUCUGGCACACACACAAAAAACUUUUGACCACAUGAUAAAUUCUAUACUGAUCGUGCUUGUCCAAAACAAAUAAAAACCUGACUUCCUGCUUUGUCAAUAACUACUGUACAGCUGAUAAGGGAUCUGGAGCUAAAAUGUGUCCGCAAUUAUUUUUGGAAUUGUUCCUGGGGAUGCACCGGUCAGCUGUUGGCCAAUGUUUUUUCCCUUUCCUUGGAAACAGACCCAGAAGUCAUUUUUAUAGUUAACUCGGUGUAGUUUCUUUCUCGUUUUUCUACACUGGCAAAUAUAACAAUUCCAUCGCCUAUUGGAUUUAUGAUGUUAACUGUUUCAUUCUACGAGCGAAGUCUCCAGAACACUGUAUACUUAAUAUUUCUUACUUCUUUCUAUGCUCUAGGUCGUGAUUACCCGUUCUACGGAGUUCAAUGGCAUCCCGAGAAAAAUUCUUUUGAGUGGACGUCUGCAGAAGGCAUUAAUCACUCAAAGCAAGCAGUACUGGUAACUCAAUACGUGGCAGAUUUUUUUGUCAACCAAGGUGUGUUGUAAAGCAUGUAUUUCCGACUCUAGACUACGAGUAGUCCCCAUUUUUCCUCAGGUAUAGUAGGAAGAGCGAAACGCGAGCGCGCGUGAAAAUCACCCCCCGCGAGAAAGGUAAGACACGGCGGGGAGAGGGAAAAAUAUUUUUCUCUCUCGCCGCCGCGUCUCGCCUUUCUCGCGUGGGGUGAUUUUCACUCGCGCUCGCAUGUCGCUAGCUCUACUAUCCCUGAGGAAAAAUGGAGAUUACUCGUAGUCUAUUCCGACUCAGGUUGACCAGGGUGGGAUUCACACAGCCUUCUUAAAUCAAGUUACACGUUAGUAUCAUUAGGAUAUGAAUCAGAAUCAGGCCCCAAAUUUGGAGCUGUCUUGAUGCCAGCGUUUGACGUUAGGAAGAGGAGGGUAGGAUAAACCCCUUAUAGCUGCAAAUUCACGCUUGGAUUCCGAGUUUGAUUCCCAGUUGUGACCACAAAUCCUUUAAGUAGCUUUGAAUACCUGAAAAAGGAGCAAUGAUGGAGAAGAGAGGUAAAGGUGAGGGGGUGUUUCGUAGGCCUUAGGUUAUUUUGUCAUAUGAUGACACUCGGCGAGCUCGAGCUACUGAGGUAAAUUAAGGACCCUUUACCCUAUAUUUUCCAUCAGUUCUGACUUCAUUAUAAAUAUAAUUGGUAAAUGACGUACAUUCCCAACUUCAAACCCUUUAAAUCUAUUGCGAGCUUAUUGUUUGGCAGGCACCAAAGAAACUAGACUUUGAAUAACGCUGCUCCUCUCGCCUUGGGCUGUUCACGACUGGAAACAGAAACUGUACGGUGGGUGGGGUGGGUAGGGGCUUGUCUCGCUAUUUGCCGCGUUCCAUCCACUUGGCGUCGAAAACUUAUGGAACCAGCAAACCAGUAUCUUACAGUUCUUCUUUAAGAAGUGAGUUCAAAAUGUUUUUCGACUGGUCUUCGUAUUGAUCCGUUUCCCCGAGGGGAUAGCUAACUUCUCCCGUCUUUCUUCUUGAAAUUUCCAUAGCCCGUAUUGCAGUAAAUUCGCGUAAAAUAAAGUUAGGCGCACAUUGUUUUCGAAAAUUUCGCGUUACUUGGAUGUAUGUCAACCCAACUUUGGAAAAUUCGCGUUAAUUUUGUGUAACGUAAAUUUUCUUCGCGUUGUCAACGUGCAUCGUUAAUUUCCUAAUAGUAAGGUAAUUUGUCAAAUAUAGGCGACUUUUCCCGGAGUUGAAUUCUUAAGGACUUUAUAGAGGUUCAAAAAAGAAUGGAAAAUUCGUCGUCGUAUGUUCAAGUCCUCCAUAAAUCGUCGCAUUAGAAGGUUUUAUGUCGUUUGUUGUUCAGUGGACGUCAAAGAAAUGUAGUAAAAAGUGUGGUGCACGGGGAGAGCUGUUGGUUUAUUCAUAAAAACCAACUGUUUUUUGACGUUUUCGUUUUCGUCGACUUUGUGGUUGCUUAAGCUCCCUCUUCAUUCAACUGAUAAACUUGGGGUCGACGGUGCGCUCAUUCUAACCCCUUUCUCUCUGCGUUAUAAGAGUAUUUCAAGCUAGUUAAAGGAGCUGUGUCACGAAAUUCAGCCAAAUUAGGAAAUUACAAAAUGCCCGUUAAAUUAAGAGAAACAUAAAAAUAACCGCUAAAACUUUAAAGGAAGGUUAAAAUAACAUAACAGAAACAACAGCUGCCACGGAUGGGCAAAACUGAAGAAGAUUGAAACGGAUUGAAUUUAGGGUUUUUGGAAACUGUUCAGGCUAGCAGUUUUUCAAAGUUGAUCCCUGCUGCUUGCAACUUCAAAAAUAAUGCUCAGGAAACAUAUUUAUUUGUCUCGGAUCUCUGAUUUUGUCAUUUACGUGUAAUUUCUUCGCUUACUUUCAGUUCCAUAGCAAUUGAGGGCGAGUAAUUGGCAAAAUUAAACAAAAUGAACCGGACUGCCGUGACACAGCCCCUUUAACCAGAAAUGAGAGAAGUCGAAACAAGGAUGUCACGUCAACGGGGCCGCGCACUAUCAAACUGUGCCACUUGCUCCUUGCUAUACUUUGAUCUCCGGCUGAAGUUCCCUUUCUUCUUCUUUUUCUAGCUCGUCUUAGUGGGCAUCAUUUUUCAAGCAAAGAGGAGGAGGAUGCCGCACUGAUAUAUCAACACAACCCGGUUUAUUGCUAUCCAGAGAUAACCCACUUCGAACAGUGCUACAUUUUCAAGUAGAAUGUAGACGCUUCGUCUGGAACUUUUAUUUUGGGGCAGUAUUUUACUACACCUUGAGCUGUGGUUUUAAAGCGGUCUUAUCGUGCAGUCUUAGCACUACACCUAAACUUGUGAUAAAUAGUUUCGAUAUUUUAGCAGCAGUUUUGGUGUUGUGGUGUUAAACGGUAACUUCUGACUAAACCUCCAUGAUUUUUUUACAUUUAAUCAAACAACUUGGGGCUGACUUUUAUAUUGGUAUAAUAAUUAGACAGAGACAGUAUUACAAACUUUGUAAAUAAACAAAAUGAAAAGCGGCUACAUAUAGGAAAAACGUUUAAUUUGUACAUUAAUGUGAAUAAGUUAAUGUGAUAGUUUUUUUUUUUGUUUUUUGAGCUCUAAGCAUUUU